CGCCCCACUCUGCCCGCCCACUUUGUUAAAAACAUUUUAACCUACAAGGUGGAAUCUUCGUAAAGUUAUGUUAAUUUAAUAAAGAGGAAUAAAUCUACAUUAGAUUUAGUAUGUGCUGAGUAACUAUUGCUUGCUCCAUUGUACUGUUGAUGUAUAAAAUGAGAACCACGCAUAGAAACGUUUUCUUUUAGCAAAAGUUACUUAGUAAAGCAGUAAAAUGAGUUAUCUAUGCUGAGUUGAGAUUUACGGGAAGAAUAAAGUGUUAAUGCUACUAAUAUUUAGUUUUAACACUUAACGUGGUAGAUUUUUAUUGAAUCAAUUCUUAAUAAUAGAAAUGGUGGCACACUCAAAGGAACUUUUCUCAUACAAAACCUUAGUCCAUGCUAUGGCUGGAUCUUUGGGUAGUAUGGUUGGGAUGUCUGCGUUUUUCCCCUUGGACACUGUCAGAUCACGGCUCCAACUUGAAGAAAGCAGAGAAGCGAAAAACACGUUUGCAGUACUCCAAGAUCUGAUUAGGGAAGAGGGAUUUGUGACCCUGUACCGAGGCAUAGUGCCUGUCCUGCAGAGUCUGUGUGCCUCCAACUUUGUCUACUUCUACACGUUCCAUGGGCUCAAGGCAAUGCACGCUCAGUACACCCAAUCUGCAGGGAAAGACCUCAUGUUCGCUUCUAUAGCAGGUGUGAUUAACGUCCUCACGACAACACCUCUGUGGGUGGUCAAUACAAGACUGAAAAUGAGUGGGGUGGGGCACAGUCCAGGGCACCGCAGCCGUCCACCUAGAUACUCAGGGCUCGUCGACGGGUUGAAGCGGAUAAGCCGUGACGAGGGAGUAGGGGCUCUGUGGAACGGUACCUUACCCAGUCUCCUCCUCGUGGUCAACCCUGCCCUGCAGAUGGCCGUGUACGAAGGUAUCAAGCGGAGGAUGGCAGGUACAGAUCUGGGCACCGCAGGGUAUUUCCUUGUUGGAGCCAUCGCCAAAGCCGUGGCCACCACACUCACCUACCCUCUUCAGCUGCUGCAGACCAAGCUCAGGCAUGGCCAUAACUACAGGGAUCUGCCUCCAGACGCUGGCAUGGUUGAGCUAAUAGUCUACAUACUGAAGAAGUUCGGUGUCGCCGGUCUGUACAAGGGGAUGGAGGCCAAGGUGCUACAGACAGUGUUGACCGCAGCUCUCAUGUUUGCAGUCUACGAGAAGAUCGCUCACUUCGUGUUUAAAGUGAUGUUGUCACAGCCAAGGGUCUGACAGAUGUGAGAGUGUCGUGUUCAUGUUUUCAAAUCCUUUUCUAUAGAAUCUGGGCUGAAUUACUUCUGUAUCCCACAGUCUAGUCUAGUUGUGUUGAGUAAUUGUAAGCUUCAGAAUUGUUUUCUGUUUUCUCACAGUAUACACCAUAUCCAUUAAUGAAUGGCCAAGCACUUUCAAUCUGACAAUCUUGAAGGAAAUCUAGGCCGUCUCUGACUAAUAACAGAAGAAAACAGCUACUCAGCUAGUCGGCUACUCAGCUAGUAGUGGCUGUCAGAUGUACAUGAGAUUUGCUGAAGAGCCAAUCUUGUAAUUGUGUUGGACACAUAAUACAUUGUAUUCAAUUCAGUUCCAGAAUAGUUAUUGUCCAAUUGUUUAUAAUCUCUGGACUUUGGAUGAAAUCCUAUUAACAUUUUAUAAAUUUGAUUGUUUAAAUGAUUUUUGUUGGAUUUCAUUCCAAUGGUGCACUGACGGAUAAUGUACUCUAUAUUAGUAUUCUCCCUAUGGAAUAUCCAUUGUGGUUUGUUGGAACUUCAAAUGUUCAUAACAAUGCAACAGUUUACGUGUGCAUGUGCACACAUGGCCUAGUAACAGACAAAAUAUGACCAUAGUAAACACAGUAAUAUAUUCAUGCCACUGUUUUUCAACGUCGGUUUCUGCUGAGCAGAUGAUCUCAUUUUUCUAAAUAAAGUCCAUGUGAAGUAACACUGUGUCUUUUAUUCUGUGCUGUUCAAAAAAGUCUAUAUAAUGAUUUUAUUGUUGUAAAGUGUCGUUAUUUACUCAUUAGAUCAGAUUAAAAGAUAACAGGAUUGUUACGUAACAGAAAUAAUAUAAAUAAAGUUAAAAUCACAAGUUUCUGCAAUAGUAGGAUUUAAGUACCAAUUAAAGAAAGUUUGUUUUUGCUAAACUGACUGUCUUCCCAAUUCUUCUUUCCUGUUACUGAAAUUGUUGUGCAUUAUUCACUGUGUACACAACACACACAUAUUAUCUAUUGCAUACUUAGAGUGCCGAGAAUAUUAACUCUUAAUUUCAGUCAGGCUGUGUAACUGCUUGGUUAAAUUCUGUUACUGAUGAAACGAUUAAGAAUUUAUUUAUUAUCAAUAUAGUGUACAAUGUAUAUAUCAUAUGAAACAUGUUUUAUAGAUUUGUAUGCACAUCGAAUACAAAUUUGUUUUCCUUUUUCCUAUGUUUAUCCCCCAAAAUUAUUUUAAAUUGCCAAGUAGUUUUUUCCUCAUUAUUGUCUUCAUUUAAGCUUUAUCUCUGUUAUGGGAUGAAGAUCGCGCUUCCUUGCGUUUUUGUUUUUAUACCUGCGCAAGGAUCUAACUUGUCAAGAGGAGGUGGAGGUGUAGAGUAGGUAAGGAUCAUGCCCAAUGUUUGCUGUCUGGUAGAGAUGUGAUCUUAAUGGCGUUGUGUGGCUACUAAUCCACCUAUCGUCUUCAGUGUGCAAAUUGCAACAAUGCAGUAUAAAAAAGAAAAAGACUUUGUCUUCUGAAAAUCCACUAGAAAGUGUCAUUGAUUCCAGCUUAACAUAUUUUUUAUAAAAUAAUUUAUUUUGUUGUGAUAAAUUUUGAUUUAGAAACAUUUUUGUUUUUGAGCUCAUGGCUGCCGUAGACAAGUCUAAAGUGGGUGAUUUCUGUCAUCUGACUUCAGUCUUGAGAGGGAUUUCUUGUAUUGACCUCACUAGCCUGUUACAGAAAUUGGGAUAGUGACAAAGUUACUGUAUCAAUUUAUGUUACUGAUUUUAAUGAACAAUUUGUUACAGACACAUUGAAUCGAAAUAGUAAAAGAUUUUAUUUGACAUCCUAUAAGGCUCCAUACUUGAACAUAUAUUUUUUUACAGAUCUUAACAAUUUACCAAAUGAGAUAAAAAAAACAUUUCAUUGAUGAUAAGAAAUGUUUUAACUAUAAAACACUCUUUAAUAAGAAAUUCAGAAUGUUCAAUAAUGAAAACGAUAGAAAAACUAACAACACAUUUCUUUGUUUGUUUCUUAACAACACAUGGUGAGGCUGGCAAUAUUGAAAAUGGCCUAAGUUAUUUAGUUGAGAUUUCAGGAAUAAAAUAAGUAUUGAGUACAACACAAACUGAAAGUCACAUUUAGAUUAUUAGACGAAUUUGUCCAUUAUCCCUCUGUGCAUUCAGUCUUGAAAUAUGGCAUUCUUAUUUAGGGAUCUUUCUGUGAUUAAAACACAUUUUAGAACCAGUUAUAAGAAUCCCAAAUCAAACUUGAAAAUAGUACUGAAUAAGAAUCAUCAUGUCUUUUGUUCUUUUUUUAGUUCUACAGGGUGUCCCACAAGUAACUCAACAAACUUUCAGGUGGUUUCCUCUCAAUAAAAUAAUGAAAAAAGUUCAUAUAAACAUAUGUCUGAAAAGCUUUGUUAGUUAGAAAGCAGUUGCAGAGCCCUGCAUCGGAUAAGUUUGUCGGGUUACUUAUGGGACACCCUGUAUACAUUAUCUACUCUACUUAUUGUCAUCUACAUUUUGUUGUUUUGUUACCAUCCAAGCAAUAUAAUAUUUUAUUAUUGAAUUAUGUGAUGUGAUGUGUUUCAUAUAUUGUAGUAUUUUCUUGUCUUGUUCAAUGAGUAUGUAUUAUUUUGUUAAUAAAAUGUUGAAAUUGUU